UGUGAUGCAUUGUCAUCGUUCUGUCAAGGCGGACAUGCAUUGAUUAAGUGAGCAUGCCUGCUAUAUGACUACGUAUGACACUGAGUCUAAAACACUUGACACAUGGCUGUUCAUAUCACUGUUUGAAUUGUUAUCAGAUUGUGAUAAUUGUGAAGAACACAUUGAAUUUAGCGGAUUUAUUUUACAGAGAAGCUUAAAGAACCUCGUUGAUGUGAACAUGCCCCGCAGAAAAUGUCGUAAACGAAUUAUUGUCGUUUGCUUCGUCGUCAUCGUGCUCGUAUUUAUGUCCGGUCAGGCUUUAAACUCAACCGCUAUCUAUGAAAACCUUGCCAGAAAUCUCAAAGAUUUCUCGGAACUUACACAACUCAGAAAUGAUUCAGUUGUGGUAAGAAUCUCAGAAUUUAAAAUACGCAAAUUCGGUUUAGAGCAUUUCUUCCCGAGAAAGAGACGACGCGUUUUUGACGUCGAUUGUGCUGCAAUUAUAAACGGGAACAAACUAGAAAUUGAUCGCGCCAAUGAGCUGAUGAAGAAUGAAACAUUUUCACAUAAGGGAAUUUCAGACACUGAUUAUAUCAAUUUAACAAAGAACUGUGAUACUUUUAAACUUACCCGUGGAUUUCAUGGCUUCAUUCAGAAUAAAGAAGAACAGGAAUUCCCAAUUGCGUUCAGCAUUUUGCUGUAUAAAGAGGUGGAACAAGCUGAGCGCCUUUUGCGAGCCUUGUAUACUCCUUGGAAUUUCUUCUGCCUGCACGUGGACGGCGAUGCAGCACCGGAAGUUCAUGAGGCCGUGCAAGGAAUAGCGGACUGCCUAGACAAUGUGUUUGUAGUGUCCAAGAAAGAGUUCAUUGUGUACGCCGGAUUUUCGAGGCUUCAAGCGGAUAUAAAUUGUAUGGAAAAUCUUGUGGAACGAGGAAACAGCUGGAAAUAUUUCAUUAAUCUCCCUAGUCAACAGUUUCCGAUCAAGACAAACGCUGAACUUAUUGAAAUACUCAAAAUUUACAACGGCGCAAAUGAUAUAGAAGGGCUGACAGGAAACAGACGGUUGGAAAACCGGUUUAAAUUUAGAUAUGUUUAUAAAAGAAAGGAGCAAACAGAUAUGAAACCCACUUUAUAUAAAUCCAAUCAUCUUCGAAUAGAUCCUCCCUUUAAUAUAACGGUAGUGAAAGGAAGUGCAUACGGAGUUUUCAGUCGCAAAUUCGUAGAGUUUGUGGUAAAGAGUAAACCAGCCCGGGAAAUUCUCGAUUGGUUCCGAGAUGUGUACAGUCCGGAUGAAUAUUACUGGGCUACAAUGCAGUAUAAUCCUCAGAUAGGGACCCCUGGGUCAUUUUAUAACGGAAAGCCCGAUGAUAAGCCAUGGCUAGCAGUAUACGCGGCCUGGGGAGGGGCCAACCCGUGUAAAGGGAAGUUCGUCAGGGGCGUCUGCAUAUUCGGAGUUGGCGAUCUCCAGGAAUUAGUCUCCAAGCGCCACCUGUUCGUUAACAAGUUUUACUUAGAUUAUCAGCCCCUGGGUCUUGACUGUAUUGAGGAAUGGCACCUCAACAGAACGACAGACCCGAGCAAUUUGUUAGCGUUCAACGACACGUUUUAUCAACAGUUACCGUUUAUCAACCCAAAGGCGGCGUGACGUCAGUGAAAACCUGGACUAAGGUCGCUCUGCAAACAAUGUGCAUCGAUAUAUUUAUUUACAUGUAUUUAUUUUUAAAUUGUAUGUGCUCAUCAAAAAUGAGCUGAGUUGCACCUCACUUUUUUUGUCAAUCCAACUAAGGUGUUCGGCACCAACUUGAGUGUCUCAGAUGUUUUGGAUGAUUAUGUUGAUGUGUGAAUACCUUCCAACAAAACGUAACGUGUGCACAC